AUGAGAGGAGUUCAACAAGGUGGGAGUAGUCUUGUGGAGGAGUUCUCACCUGCUUACUAUGGACUCUGUACUGUUGGAGGAAUGCUCAGUGCUGGUUCUACUCACCUUGCUAUCACACCUCUUGAUGUUUUGAAAGUCAAUAUGCAGGCGAAUCCAAUCAAGUAUAACAGGAUUUUGUCAGGGUUCUCUACCCUCUGGAAAGAACAAGGCCCUUCUUCCCUUUGGAGAGGUUGGUCUGGCAAGCUCUUUGGAUAUGGUGUUCAAGGUGGCUGCAAAUUUGGCCUUUAUGAAUACUUUAAGAGGCUUUACUCAGGUGUCUUGGUGGAUCAAAACAGGAAUUUCAUAUUCUUUUUCAGCAGUGCAUCUGCUCAAGUAUUUGCCGACGUGGCUCUCUGUCCAUUUGAAGCUGUCAAAAUUCGUGUCCAAACACAGCCCAAAUUUGCAAAGGGCUUGGCUGAUGGGUUUCCAAAACUCUAUAAAGCUGAAGGACUCACUGGUUUUUACCGGGGACUUGUCCCGCUAUGGGGCCGCAAUCUUCCAUUCUCAAUGGUAAUGUUUACAACAUUUGAGCAUUCAGUUGACCUGAUAUAUCGCAACAUUAUUCAACGGAGAAAAGAAGACUGCUCCAGAAGUCAACAGCUUGGUGUGACAUGUUUGGCAGGCUAUGCCGCUGGAGCUGUUGGUACUGUAAUUUCUAAUCCUGCUGACAAUGUUGUAAACUCUCUUUACAAUAAAAAGGCUGAAAAUGUGCUUCAGGCUGCAAAGAAUAUUGGACUAACUAAGCUUUUCACUCGAAGUCUCCCUAUUCGGAUCACUAUCGUGGGGCCUGUAGUUACUUUGCAGUGGUUCUUCUAUGACACCAUCAAAGUACUAAGUGGACUGCCUACCAGUGGAGAGCUUGGCAGACAUCAGAAAGACACCAACCUGUUAGCUUAA